CGGCUGGCAUGUUAAGAUUAAGUUCUGCUUUUAAUCGUUGGUUUUUUGUUUACUGUAUUUUUUCAAUGAUGAAUUAGUCGCUAAAGCUGUUCGUAUCAGUCAGUAACAAAGUAGCUUAGAGAAGAUUAGUCAACUGCUAGGAUUAGGUGAAUGUAUCGUUUCCAUCAGUACUUCUCACUCAAGGGCAUAAACACGACUCUAUCAGAAUGAUAUCUGAGUUUCUAAAGGGAUCUCCAAUGACAGUCGGUGAAUUGGGCUCUGUGAACGGUCAGUGGAUUACAAAAGGCUCUUCUGUGUCUCAAACACAUGGUGGUCUGCAAACUCAGCUUCAGUUCAAUGAAACUGUGGCACCUACUGUCCUGAACCGAGCCACCCGUGUGGGACCGCCUUCUCCCAUCGUGAUAGAGAAACUUGUACUCCGGGCAGAGAGGCAAGAUGAUGUGGAGAGCUGCACCAGCUCGCUACGUCUCUCAGUCCUCUCAGAAGAGCGACUGGAGGCUGCCGUCAGGAUGGCUAAGAGAGAUCUGCACAGAAAAAGGCAGGAAUCCAUCAGCCAUACAUCACUGGAACCAUUGCAGAGAUCCCAAAUCACCAGCCCUCAGAGAAGCAACAUAGCUCACAGUCCUCAGGUCUUUCCAAAAGGAAUGUCAAAAACCGCUGCUCCAAUGAAGCAAGUAAAAUCUGGUCCUCAGGUGCUGGUGUAUACCCCUCAAAAGCCCAACAGCCAUCCAGAACAGGGUCAGUCACCACCCACCAAAGACAUUGGCCAGAAAGUUAAAAGCAAUGAGCCACGGCUCAGCCAGGAGAUCUGCAAAUUACAGAAGGAACUGAGCACAUAUGUUCAAAGGAUAGAGCAGCUGGCAAAUAAAGGGCGAGUGGUGGAGGUUCUGGAGCCAGAAGAAAAGCGCAGGAUGGAGAUCCGUCGGCAGGAGCAAGAGGCUCGCUCUGCACGCAUCAUUUAUGUGUUACAACAGCAGGUGAAAGAAAUUCAGGAGGAUCUAGACAAGUUGCGUUCCCAGAAUAUCAAACACACCAAAAAGUCCAGGGCGAUGGACAGACUGGCUGCUGCUCAUAGAGGGGCUGUCAGAGCCAUGCAAGUCUUUAUCAGCCAGCUGUCGGACCCUGCAGAGAGCAGAGUGCCCAUCCACUGCAAAGAGCUUGGUCAUCUGAUUCGCCAGCUCUCUCUCUGCUCAGCUAAAGUAGAGGUGGGGCAGGGAUCUGCAGUGCCAGAAACAGCCCUUGACAUCCUGCAGAAAUUAGAGACCCUUGACUCAGCACUAAGUAAGCAGGAAGCCCAGAGGAAGAGAGACUCUGUCUUACAGAAUGCCAACCCAGUGGAAAAGAGUUCUUCAAGAUUGACGGGCCGCAGUAUGUCCCCUCCUCGUCCAGCAAGAGGCCCUAUUGAGAGGGGCCAUCGAAGACCCCGUAAGCCUGCUGCUGCAAAAAAGACUGGCAGUAGGCCGGCAGGGAAGGCCCGCAGUACCUCACAUGCAUUGGUGCGACAGCGCAGUGAAGUUUUGAAGGCAGGGCUGGAAAGUCUCAUACAUAAUCAAAAACAGAGAGAAGCAGAACCACAAAAACCCAACAAAACUACUGGUGCCAUCAACCUAGACCACAAUAGGCAAGCUGGUCAUGUUCGUGAUGCCAGCUUCCAGCAACCCACCGUUUCAUCCCGGCUGAGGGAGAAUCAGUUACCCCAAAAAGAGACAACUGUGCCUUGGAUACCAACAUCCCCUCACUCUCCUCCUCGCCCACGUGUUGUGUCUAGCAGGCCAGAGCCCAAAUGUCUGUUCUUCCCUGUAAAAAGCCCUGAAAAGCAGAACCCACAGAUCAGACCCAUGAGCAGCACACAGCUUAGCCCUUCAUCACAUGGCAGGAAACAAGCCCAAAAUGAAGCCCUCAGGCAAGCCUGGCUGGACCAGGUCACUGCAGAGAGACUGAGAGAACUGAAUCGUCUUAGUAAAGAGGAGGCAGAUCGCAUUAACAAACUCCGCACCACAGUGGGCUCUCCGACACUAUGGGCUGAGAAAGCAGAACGGGCUGCUAGAGAGAGAAUUCAACCUUUGUUGGAUCAGGCACAGCAGGUGUUUGGAGCAGGCAGUGACAAUCUCAGACAACUACUGCAGGUUACAGAUAAUCCUGGGGCCAAUGUGGACGUUCUGAGCGAGGCUUUUCUGGAAGAUCUUCUGGAAGACACAGCUCGCACUCUGUGGACAGCUGAGCGGCAGCAGGUGGCUGAGACUGAUGCUGAGCGGCUGCUGCAGGGCCCCACACUAGAGAGCAUGCUGCUGAGGAUGGAGGAGAUGGAGAGAGAUCAGGAGGAAGUGCGCCGGCGCUUUGCCAUGAUCUCAUACUCUGACCCUCUCAUCUGGGAAAAAGCCACAGAUGCUCAGAGGAAUAUCGCUAGCUCUAGACCAGCCUCUCCACAGCCGAUCAGACUGACAAAGCUGGUCUUGAAUGCUCCCAGCAAGGCUGACAUCCUCCUGCAAAAGCCAGUGGAGACGGGGGUUGUGUCUGACACCUCAGUGCUGGAUGAUGAGUCUUUAACUCUAAAUGACCCCAGUCAUCCAGUCCCAGUUGGAUUGGAGAGGACAGGAGGUGUUUACCUGAGUGUGCCGCCCAGUAUGCAGAGGAGCAUACAUAAAUACAGGGAGGACCAUGAUGCCUUUCUGCGGCUGGUUUCACACGAAGCUGUGGGGAGCUUCAAUCCCUGGGCUAUAGCAGACAGUCUGGCUGACGAGUUGAUUGCUGAGGCUCUGGCUGACGUGGCGGCAGAGUUCCAGGAUGUUUGUGAAGAGUAUGCAGAGGCUGUUUUCACUUCAGAGUUCCUCCAGCCUGUCCAGUCCCCAACCACAUCAGUGGUUCAUACUAAAUCAUAGACUCCUCCCAAAAGAUUUACAAAAGUUUUUUCAAUUGAAUGUUGGAAAAUACAGAUUUAUAUUUUUGUAUGUUUGCUUUGGGAUUUGUUUUUGGGCUUGAAAUAGGAAACUUUCAGUCAUUGGGGAAAAACUGCUUGUCAGAUAUUAUCUUUGUCCAAUUUUGAUACUUGGAUUUAACUAACGUUUCUCUUGUAAAACAAGUCCUUUGUUGGAGGUCCGACUCUGAAACAUAAACAGCAUUACUGGAUGUCUGGUGUUGCUGUGGAGCACUGACAUCACUCCUAAAUUAACUUUUAAAUUAUUAAUGUACAGUACCUUUUCCAUAAAUACUUUACACUAGAGGAUUGCGCAUUCCCUCCAUUCUGAAUGAACAUUAAUAGAUGCAUUAGUGCCGUCUACAUCAGAAUGCAAUGUUUGCAGCUCUACGGACCGAUCUCAAAUACUCCAAAACAUAUGCUUUGUUUCUCUGAGCUAAUUGUCUUUUAAGCUUAAUGUUUUUUAAUCUCUCGACAUGUUGCUCAGGAUCCCCAGUGUGAUUGGACAGGUGAGGAAUUUAGAGUGUAUGUGUUUAGUUUAUGUGUUGGGCCUGAAGGGAAACAGUCCUCUUGGUGAGUCCAAAUGUUGGGCUGGCAUGCUGCGAACGUGCUCUGACAGGACACACAGGCCCUGAGUGCGCUAGUCUACUUUCCAUCGGGACUGUGUGUAGAAAUGUGCUCGCCUACAAUUCUUACAUAACUAAGUAAGGCUAUAAUCAUCAGAAAGUGGUAGAGUUAUGUAUUUAUGCAUAUAAAAUUAGGAUCUGUGUCCUUUGAGAGCUCAAAAUUGUACAACUGUUUUAGAGCAGAACUGUGCCUUAAUUCAAUAAUUCUGUUGGCCUGAAUAAAAUAAGCAUUACCUUAAACGGAUAGUUCACCCCAAAAUGAAAAAUCUCUCGUCAUUUACUCACCCUCAAGUGGUUCCAAAAUUGUAUACAUGUCUUCCAUGAACACAAAAUGAGAUGUUUGGGUAGAAUAUUAGGAACUGACAGCCUCAGCAUUAGCUUUCAUUGUUUGGAUAAAAAGAUACAAUGAAAGUGAAAGGCAGAAUGACAGCCUCAGUCACUAAACAUACAGUAUUUUGUGUUCCACUGAAGAAAGUCAUACAGGUUUGGAACAACAUGAGGAUGAAUAAGUUAUGAAUUUUCAUUAUGGGGUGGACCAUCAGACUUUAACCAUCAGCACCUCUAGCUGCAGUUGUGUAGUUAAAUUCCCAGAUGUGAGUAACCGGUUUCUCAUAAGUGUUCAACAACCUACUUAUUUGUGAAAUAUGCCAAAAGCCAUGCAGAAUUAACGGCUUUUGCCAGCAAAUUCCAGUCCAUGAGAUAUUAUGAAAGCUAUGAUUCCAGUUUGGCAAUAACUUGUUUUUAUUUGUGAUGUGAUUUUAUUUCUGUUGAAAGAAAGCUAUUAAACCUGUACUGUAUUUAUUACACCUUAUAAUCAUGACCUAAUUUAUAAUAAAUGUUUUAAAAUGACACCCAAAA